GUUGGGAAAUGCUCAAAUUCCGGACUUUAUUUGGCGGGAGGAAAUGUGCGGUGAUCGGGAUGGUGCAUGUUGGGGCACUACCAGGUACCCCUCGAUUUGAAAAUUCGGUCGAAAAGUUAGUCCACAACGCACUGAAGGAGGUCGAAAUAUACUUGAAAUGCGAUAUUGAUGGGCUGCUUGUGGAAAAUAUGCAUGAUGUUCCGUAUAUACAGUCGAGACACUUCAAUCCUGAGGUAACAGCUACCAUGACUCGCGUUUGUUCAGAAAUUAAAAAAAUUGUGGAUACAAAGUUACCCUGUGGCUUACAAGUUUUGGCUUCAGGCAACAAAGAAGCCCUAGCUGUCGCUCAAGCCACCGGUUUCCACUUUAUACGAGCCGAGGGGUUUGUUUUCGGUCAUGUGGCUGAUGAAGGCUACACUGACGCCAACGCAGGUUUGACGCUGCGCUAUCGCAAGAACAUCCAAGCUGACGACGUUCUUGUUUUCGCCGAUAUUAAGAAGAAACACAGCUCCCAUGCUGUCACCAGUGACGUUUCUCUGGUAGAAACCGCCAAAGCCGCUGAAUUUUUCCUAGCAGAUGGCCUUAUUCUAACUGGAACGGCGACGGGAAGCCCUGCGGAUGGUCAAGAAUUAAAGGAAGUUCAGGCAUGUACUUCACUGCCUGUCUUAAUUGGAUCAGGAAUUACAGUUGAUAACGUGUCAAAUUAUUCAAGUGCUGAUGCUUUUAUAAUAGGAUCACAUUUUAAAAAGGGUGGGAAAUGGGGUAAUGAGCUCGACGUGGAGCGGGUGAAGCGGUUCAUUGAAAAAAAAAACAGUCUGUGUAUAUAAAAAUGUAUAAAACUCAAAAUUCGCUCUCUCAAUUCAUAGUCAUGCCAAAAAACUUAAAAUCGUAUGAAUUUUACAACAUUCUGACGCUGAAUUAGUAACUAGUUUUUGAUAUUCAAAUUGUAUCAAAUCAUACAUAAUUUGUACAUAGGUGAUGUAAUAAAGUAUUGGACAAUUA